AUGGAGGCUCAUGUAAUCAUUGUGUUUACACGUGGUGAUGAACUUGGGAAUAUGGAUCUUGAAGUUUUUCUUAGCAAAGCGCCACAGGAAUUACAAGUGUUUAUGAAUCGUUGUGACAAGCGUCGGGUAAUAUUUAAUAAUAAAUUACCGAUGGAACAAAGAUUUUCUCAGGUUCAUGGCCUCAUCAAUUUAAUAGCUAAAUUCAGGCUUGAGAAGGAAAUGACGUACUAUACUGACGAUUUAUUUAAGGCUGCAGAGAGAAGCAUGCAGAUCAGAGAAGACGAAAUUCGAAACAAACUCAAGGAUGACAUGGACAAGUUAGUAAAGGAAAAAGAAGAAAUGUUUGAAAGGGAAUUUGCAAAUCGGGAAGCAUUAUUAGACAAUUUGGAAACUGAUAAAGAAAAAAUUGAAGGGAACAGAAAGGGCUUACAAGAAUUUAAAUGUAAACAACUAGAAGAACUGACAAAAUUUAAAAACAUGUGUGAAGAAAUAAUAAGAAAAGUUCGUCAACAAGCAAGACAAAAUAUUAUUGAGGAGGAUGAGGAGCAGUGA